AUGUUGCUAUCAUACUGGAUCAUAACGCUGACUGUUUGGUUAUGCCAAUUUCGACAGACAACAGCAUUCACAGACUAUUUAUUGAAGAAAUGUUCCCAAUCGGGAUUCUGUCAAAGAAAUAGAGAUUAUGCUAAAAAUAUCCAAUCUUCCAAAAAUAUCUAUUACAGGAUUGAUGAAUCAUCCAUUGCAUUCAAUGAGACCGCUUACACUCUUACUGCAAACAUAUUGAAGACCAUUCCAAGAUCUGAUAUCGACGAUAUAAUUAUCACGUUACCCUUCACACUGAACGUCCUAAAUGAAUCUAACGCCAUCAGAUUCACUAUUGAUGAACAGAGGAAUUCUCCAGAUGGGACAAACAAGUUAUUACAACCAGAAAGAUUCAACUCUCUUUGGAAAUGGGCUUUCGAUCCCAAGGCUUCUCUUCAAGCGCGGGAGAUUUCCAUGUCAAGAACUACACCUGUCAUUUCGCAAAGAUCAUGGUUCGAUACUUUCUUCCACAUUGGUGAGGAUCCCUCAGAGAUACUCUUAAUUGAAGACAAGACAAAAAACAUCAAGAUUGAACUAGCAUUGAAUAAAUUCGAAAUACGAGUGUUCCAUCAUGAUGAAAUCGUACUAUCUAUAAACGAUCGUAAUUUAUUAAACUUGGAACAUCAAAGAUCCAUUGAGAAUAACUUUCAAAACGUCCUACCGGAGGAAUCCACUUUCAACAUGUUUGCUGACGAUUUUGAAUAUUCUAAGGAUGAUACCAUCCCAUUUGGGCCCGAAUCCGUGGCAUUAGAUUUCAAUUUCCAUAAUUUCCAAAACGUUUUCGGUAUUCCUGAACAUGCUGACUCACUAAGAUUGAAAGAUACUAUCGAUGAUGAACCGUAUCGUUUAUUUAACGUGGACGUUUUCGAAUAUAAUUUGGAUUCCAGAAUGCCCAUGUAUGGUGCGAUUCCAUUAAUGUUCGCUGCCAAUAAGAAACAGACAGUGGGUACAUUUUGGUUGAACGCCGCUGAUACGUGGAUUGAUAUUCACUACGAUGAUAUGGGUAAUACGCAAACACAUUGGAUCUCUGAAUCGGGAAACAUUGACGUGCUUAUCUUUUUGGGUGACACACCCGCUGAUGUUUUACAAGAUUAUACCACAUUGACGGGGAAACCAGUGCUUCCUCUAUUAUCAUCUCUUGGGUAUCAUCAAUGUAGAUGGAAUUAUAAUGAUGAAUUGGAUGUCCUGACCGUGGAAUCUGAAAUGGAUAAAGCUGGCAUCCCCUUCGAUUUCAUUUGGUUAGAUUUAGAAUACACAGACAACAAACAAUAUUUUACAUGGAAACCUGAUUCAUUCCCCAAUCCAAGACGUCUAUUAUCCAAAUUGGCUGAGUUAGGCAGACACCUAACGGUGUUGAUCGAUCCUCAUUUGAAAGUAGAUUAUAACAUAAGUGAUAUUGUGGCUCAUGAAGGCGUCGCUGUUCAGAACAAUAAGGGUAGGGUAUACGAAGGUCAUUGUUGGCCAGGUGCUUCCAUUUGGAUUGAUACCAUGUUUGCAAAGGGACAAACAAUUUGGGCACGUUUCUUUAAAGAUUUCGUCCCUCACGGUAUUACCAAUUUACAUAUUUGGAAUGAUAUGAAUGAACCAUCCAUCUUUAGUGGACCUGAAACAACCGCACCAAAGGAUUUGAUACAUGCUGAUGGUCUCGAAGAAAGAUCAAUUCAUAACGUAUAUGGGAUGACCGUACACGAAACUACUUACAAUUCCAUGAAGGAAAUAUUCUCUCCUCAGGAUAAAAGACCUUUCCUCUUAACAAGAUCAUUCUUUGCCGGGUCUCAAAGAUCAGCUGCCGCUUGGACAGGUGACAAUCAAGCAAAUUGGGAUUACCUUCGUAUGUCAAUCCCAAUGUGUUUAACUAAUAAUAUCGUCGGUAUGCCAUUUAUUGGUGCUGAUGUAGCUGGGUUUGAAGGGAAUCCUGAACCUGAAUUGAUUGCUCGUUGGUACCAAACAGGUCUAUGGUAUCCAUUUUUCAGAGCACAUGCUCAUAUCGAUUCCAUUAGAAGAGAACCAUAUUUGUUUCAAGAACCCAUUAGUACCAUAGUGAAAGACGCUAUUAGACUAAGAUAUUCUUUGUUACCAACUUUCUAUACCUCAUUCAAGAUGUCUAGUAUUAAUGGUGGAGCUAUUAUGAAACCCAUGUUUUUCGAAAAACCACAAUACGAAGACCUAUAUCCUGUGGAUAAUCAAUUCUAUUUGGGUGAUUCAGGUAUCCUUGUGAAACCAAUUACAACAAAGGAUCAAUUUACCACAGAAAUGGUAUUUGUCCCAGGCAUUUACUAUGAUUUAGACAAUUUAACAGCUAUUACGAUCAAUGGUAAGGAUGUCGCAAGUAGAACGAUAGAUGCUCCAUUGGAGAAGAUCCCUGCAUUCAUUGAAGGGGGUCAUAUCAUUACAAGAAGAGAUAGAUACAGAAGAUCAAGUAAAUUGAUGCACCAUGAUCCAUACACUAUAAUUCUCGCACCUGACUUGAAUGGUAAUGCUUCUGGUAGAUUAUAUGUGGAUGACGGUGAAACAUUUGGAUAUGAGAAGGGUAAUUUCGUUGAUACUCAAUUUUCCUUAUCAGAGGGUAAAAUUAUCCAAAAUGAAGUAUUACAUGCAUCAAAUGAUGAUAAAUCUGUUGGUAAUACCAAGAUAGAAACAGUCAUUAUCGCAAUUGAUGGAAUGCCUACUGAUAACAUUCAAGAAACAGCCACCAUCAAAAUCGGCUCUAAAGAGCACACAGUGGCAAUUGAGAAAUCAGACAAUGACCAUUACUUAACAAUAAAAAAUCCUCUUAUUAGAAUCGAUGAAAACUGGACCAUUGCUUUCUAA